AUGCACCCCAGGUCACUACAUGUUGACCUCCUGCUGCUGGGUGUGCUCCUUUUGUGGGGACCCAGGGGGUCCAGGGGCCAGAAUGACACAGAGCCCAUCAUCCUGGAGGGGAAAUGCUUGGUAGUGUGUGACUCCACUCCUUCGUCUGAGCCAGCCGGUAACGCCCUGGGUAUGUCGGUCCGCUCCGGCUCGGGGCGAGUGGCCUUCUCCGCCAGCCGCCAGACCAACCACGAGCCCACAGACUUGAGCAACCGCACCAUGAUCAUCUACUUUGAUAAUAUUUUGGUGAACGUUGGCACUCAUUUCGACCAAGAGAGCAGUGUUUUCCUGGCACCAAGGAGAGGAGUGUACAGCUUCAACUUCCAUGUUGUGAAGGCCUACAACAGACAAACUAUCCAGGUCAGCCUGAUGUUGAACGGCUGGCCGAUGAUUUCAGCUUUCGCCGGGGACCAGGACGUGACCAGAGAGGCGGCCACCAACGCCGGUCUGGUGAUCAUGGAGAAGGGGGAUAAGGCCUAUCUCAGACUGGAGAGAGGCAACCUGAUGGGAGGCUGGAAGUACUCCACCUUCUCUGGAUUCCUGGUCUUCCCCUUGUGAGGAAGAUGGAUGGAGAGCAGGUUGAAGCGUUGUGUGGGUGAUAGGAGGAGAACUGGACGGAGCAGGAAGGGGGGAGAGACGGAAUGAAUGGACAUGAGGAGAGAAAAAAGUAGAUAGGUUUCAAUCUGCAACUCAAUACAAAGCGCAUGAAAAGUGUGUUUUAUGCAAAAUGCAGAGAUGAUUGUUAAAAUUAACCUAAUAUUCAAAUAAGAAAAA